GACCUCUUCAGUAUCUAAGCACCCACCUAACUGUAACGUUCAGUAUUCUAAAGCUUGAAAAUGAACUUCACGACCAUUUGUGUGAUUUUAUGCGCAAUUGCGCUAGGCUUUUCGUUCAAUGUUGUAAACUCUGCCAAAUCUCCACAUCCACCGACUUUUGCAAAUUCUUCUUCUGGUUUCGACUUUGUCAAUUUCGAGAAGCUGUUGUACUUGCAAUACUACAGAUUGGAAGAGAACAUUACCGAACAUUCAUGGCAAAAGUGCAAUCGAACAUAUAGGGUGCCGGGUCGCGAAGGAUUCGACAUGUUUGAAAAUGUUGAAACUACAGACAUGUUGAAACAUGUGAACCGAACACAUAAAUGUCUGAUGGACUGUACAAUGCGUGAAAUGGGCGUCAUAACUGACGAUGGACUUAACGUGGCCGAGUACAUGUUGCAGAUCGAGAAACUUCGGCUCAAUUACACAUUGUUCGACAGAAAUGAAAAAUCAAUCGAAACGAGACAGAUCAUAUCGGAUGUGAUCAAUAACCAAACGAUUCGUUUCCUCGCUCAUGAUAGAUGCUGGCGUCUGGCCAAUCAAACGGUACCACAUACCGAUUCAAACGUUUGCUACGAGCUCAUCAAAUCGUAUGAGAAGGCUGCAAACAAAUGCAAAGAUUUAGAGGAUUCAAACGGCGAUAGCUGUGAAACGUCUUUUAUGAUUUUGCGGUGCAUGAAUGAAGACCACCGCAGAAGGUUGUUUAAGAGUCCAUUUUAUCCGAUUCCGUUUACCAAAAGUGCAGCGCUUGCGGCGCUGAGAGAAGCAUUUAAUGGAUCGCACUGACGUGCAGUGGAACAUUUGAAUUUUACCAACGCGGAUGAAUUGCGUUUGACUUGAAUUAUUUUCAGUGAAGAUUUUGAAUUAUUUUUGAAUUCGCUUUUGUGGAAUAAAUGUUUUUUGUGUUAUCAA